CAUAACUCUGAGACGAUCGGGCGCUUAAACGGAACAGGACAUGACUUUGUAAAGCUCGUUCUGAAAAUAUUUCCACUUUGAUGAACAACCUCGGCACCAAAAUGUCCCUUCUCAAAGCCAUCAGAUAUAACACGUACGUGUUGGGUAGGAAUAGCAUUGCGCGGUCUUCAUCAUCCAGUCACACAGUUGGAGAAACGCGCAUUUCACAGAUAUUAAAAGAGAAGUUUCCUCAGGCUUCCUCGGUCAAGGUUGUGGAUAUAUCCGGGGGCUGUGGUGCAAUGUAUGAAGUACACAUCGAGUCUGACGAAUUUAGAGGCAAGAGAACUGUGCAGCAGCACCAGAUAGUAAAUCAGGCUCUCAAAGAUGAGAUUAAAGCCAUGCACGGUCUACGCAUAUUCACUGAUGUUCCUAGAAAGUAGAGUCUGCAUGACGUCAUCACUUCAUGUUUGUCUUUGCUGUCGUUUUCUUGAUGAUACAUAUUUAUAAUAGUGCUGACUGACAGGGGUAUAUACUUCAUGUUUUUUUAUGAAUUAAAUGACUUUAAAAAGUUUUGUUUAAAGAAAGAAAAAUGUGGUGCACUAAUGCUGUAAUACGCACAAUGAUAUUGGUUUUGUCUGUAAAUAAAAGUGUGUGAGAAGA